AUGAUGGUUGUUGUUACUGAUUUUGUCAUUAUGCGUGUAUAUGCAACCUCUCCAGUAGCAAAAGCUCCACAUAGUGGUGCAAUUAAAAAACACAAUCAGAACACCAGUAAUAAACAUGAUGGAUUUCGCUCAAAAACUGUUGUCGGUGCUCCUCCAUUAGACUUACAGUUAUUACGUCGACAUAUGUCUAUCUCUCAGUCGCCUGUUGGGACACCAGUUACAUUUUAUUCAAAGGCAAAAAUCUAUUGGAGUCAAGUUCCAGCUACAGUUGACGGAAUGUUAUCAGGUUAUACCUCGUUAAAUGUCCCGGAUAUUGCAGAUUCUGAGAUAUUUCUCGAUGAAUUCGGACCAUCUACUACAGCGUACGCAUUAGAUUGUGGUGCUGGUAUUGGACGUGUUACUAAACAAUUAUUAUUACCACGUUUCUCUAUUGUUGAUAUGGUUGAAUUGACACAAUCAUUUCUUAAUCAAGCAGAAGAAUAUAUUGGACCCGAAGAUUUUCCUAGAGUUGGUGAACGCUUCUGUAUUGGUUUACAAGACUUUACUCCACCAACUGGUCGUUAUGAUCUAAUUUGGAUUCAGUGGGUAUUAGGCCAUUUAUCAGAUUUAGCUUUGUUAGCCUUUUUAAAACGUUGUGCUCAUGGACUUUCUCCAGGCGGUGUAAUUGUAAUUAAAGAAAAUAUCACUUCACCUGGUGGACACGAUGAAAAAUCAAUCAUGAAUUCAGAAGAAAUCGAUUUCGAUGAGAUCGAUAGUAGCUAUACAAGAUCACGAUCAACUUAUAUAAGAGCUUUUAUGGAUACUGGUUUAACAUUAAUUGGUGAACGUGCUCAAACAAAUUUCCCGUCAUCAUUUUAUCCAGUAAGGAUGUUUGCAUUAUCAUAUAACGGUGAUCCUAAAGCAUCUCCUACAAAAUCUUUGCCUAAACCACUACCAACUAUAAGUGCUUAAUUUCUCUGUUUUGUUUUCUUUUUUUUUAAAUAUUGUCUCACUGCUAUCGUUACUGAUGUAUGUGUCUGCCUGUGUACAUUCGAUUCUUUUCCGUAAAAUUUACAUUUACACUUGUCUUUACCCUCAUCCUCUCUCCUUCUGUGUUUCUUCAUUACUACAUUCUGGCGUUUUCUUGUUUAAAUUAAAAAUAUAUUAUCUAUUUGGUCAAGUAUAUCCUUCAUGUUACAAGUACGACAGGAGUGUGUACUAAUCUGUGAAUGUAAACAAAAAAAAAGAAAAAAACGAUAUUAUUUUUUUUAUUUUAUAGUAAUUAUCUCUUCAAAUAAAAUUCAUUUGGAUUUGUGCUCCCACAACUACACGCACACAGACACACAUACAUACACUCUUUGUGUAUAUGUAUAAUUGAAAUAUGAAUAGUCCUAUUUUCUUUUGUUUUACUGCUGUUCUACUGUUGUUGUUGUUGUUUUUUUUUUGUACUUACCCAUGUAUUUCACUUUGAGAUGAAAUGGUCUUGUUUAUAAAAUUUUUUUUUGCUAUUGACAAUUGAAAUUCCUUUGAGAUUAUUUUUUGUUGAAAAUUAACUUUUUUUUACACAUAUAUAUAUAUAUAUAUAUAUAUAUAUAUAUAUACAUGUAUACUACAUUUUACUAUGAAGUAAUCAUUGGUUUCACCUAUUACAUACAACGAAAUUCAUAUGAGAUUUGUUAACUAUUUAAUAACAGACUUUUU